AUGCCUUCCUUGCGCCAAAGUCGAGCCAAGCCGGUGCAAUGCACGGCAGCCUAUCGAUAUCUCACUCAGUUCCUGCAGGCAGGCCCAAUGUCCCUAGCCAUUCCAACAUCGCCUAGAGCGGGAUAUAUCAAGGAUAAAAACGUUACUACUAUUACUACGCUUAUCGAGAAUACCGGCAGCAAGGAUGCGUCCGAUAUACCACUCCUAAUUCACUCUCCAGCUGCAACAGUGAUUUCAGCAGACGACAGCCCCAUAACGCCAUCCAGUACAGGCCCUGAGGACAAAUUCACUUUCCUCCAGGACGACAUGAUAGAAUCCAAGGUCGUAGCAGACCUUGCUCCUGUUAUUGUGGAUGCGGAUAAGCCUUUGCUUGAAUCAACUCAGUAG